UGGGACACGUAGACUGUUUGCCAGAGCCAGUCAAGUCUAAAAUUCCAAGCACAUCCACCUCCCUCAAUUGGGAACCAACGGCUCUCCUCUAUAAAACACUUCCAAAGCCAAACCACCAUAACCAAGAAAAACAGGCAGUGAGCUCUCUCUCUCUCUCUCUCAUCUUUGAGCUUACAAGCUCUUCUUCUUCUCCAUCUUAGCACCCUUUCCAGGCUCAAUGAUGCUAUCAGUGACCCCUAAGAGUGGUGCUACUACACUCACACCAAGAAAAGUAACGCCAAGCCGCUUUUUCUUCCAAUCUACCAAAACCAACUCUUCUUCUUCAUAUUCACUUUCAAGCUCUUGCACUGCUUCAGCCCCUUCCCGCACCUUCUCUCUACUGAUGAUGGAAGAAAACAUCGCAAUUGCUGAAUCCAUCAUCACCAAAUGGGAUCCAAACUCUUCCUCAUACACCAAAAUCACUUUUCUGUUCCAGCAUAGCAGAAAAGAAGCCAAAGAGUUCCUCAAAUCCGUAAACUACUUGCGUAGUGCUAUGCAUGUUUUAGCUAAUGGAAACUUAUCCAGCAAGCUUGUACUUGCUCAAAAUCUAAUGCAAACAGCGAUGAAAAGGCUUGAAAAAGAGUUUUACCAGAUAUUGUCUGCAAACCGGGAUCACCUUGACCCUGAAUCGGUUUCAAGUCGAUCCUCAGGAUCAGCCAAAUUUUAUAAUGCAGAUGAGGCUGGAUCAGAAGACGAGAUGGAAAUUAUUGGUGAGUCAAUCACAGAGGUUGAGAGAGCCUCAGCAUUUGCCAUGUCAGACCUGAAGUCAAUAGCUGAUUGUAUGAUCAGUUCUGGCUAUGGUAUAGAGUGUGUGAAGAUAUACAAAAUUAUCCGGAAGUCAAUAGUGGAUGGAGGAUUGUUUCGCCUUGGAAUCCAACAGUUCAAAUCUCCACAAGUUCAUAAAAUGGAUCCGGAAGGACUAGAAAGCAUACUCAGGAACUGGAUGGAUGCUGUAAAGAUUGCUGUGAAAGCACUAUUUCGUGGAGAAAAAUAUCUCUGCGAUCAUGUGUUUUCAGCAUCUGAGAAUAUCAAAGAGUCAUGCUUCUAUGAGAUAACCAAAGAAGGAGCCACCACCCUAUUCAGAUUUCCUGAACUCAUUGUGAAGAACAAGAAAGGCCCAGAAAGAAUUUUCUGGCAACUGGAAAUCUAUGAAGCAGUCUCUGAUCUUUGGCCGGAGAUUGAAUCUAUAUUCGACUCUGAAUCAACCCAAGCUAUAAAGCUGCAAGCUCUUUCAUCAUGGCUCAAACUUUCAGAUUCUGUUCGGACCAUUCUUUCCGACUUCGAAUCAACAAUUCAAAAGGACUCAUCAAAGAUUCUAGUUUUCGGAGGCGGGAUUCACCCACUGACCCAAUCAGUGAUGAACUAUGUAUCUUCACUGGCAGAUUACUAUGGAGUUCUCUCUGAUAUCCUUGCUGACCAUCCACCACCAGGGAAUUCAUCAUUUCAAGAAUUCAAAAGCGUAGUGUCAGAUGACUGUUCAACACCAGAAGUGUCAGUCCACCUAGCUUGGCUCAUUUUAGUCCUUUUGUGCAAGCUUGACAUCAAAGCUGAGAUUUAUAAAGAUGUGUCUUUGUCAUAUCUCUUCCUUGCCAACAAUCUUCACUUCAUUGUUGAGAAGGUGAACAACACACCCAACCUGAAACUCCUCCUCGGUGAAGAUUGGGUAUCUGAACACAUGAAGAAGGUUAAACAGUAUGCUUCAAACUACGAAACCACAGCUUGGACAAAGGUGUUAUCAUCAUUACCAGAGAGGUCAGCAGACAUAUCUCCUGAAAUGGCAAAGGAGUGUUUUAGGAAGUUCAACACAGCGUUUGAAGAGGCAUAUAGGAAACAGACAUCCUGGAUUGUAGAGGAUAGGAAGUUGAGGGAUAACUUGAAGGUGUCAAUUUCACAGAAACUAGUACCAACCUAUCAAGAAUUUUACGACACAUACAUGGUGAUGCUAAGUGGGGAGAAAAAUAUGGAGUUGUUGGUAAGAAUUUCACCAAAUGACUUGGGGAAUUACUUGUCUGAUUUGUUCCACGGGACUUCCGCGUCAGUUAGUUCUACAACUUCAUCUUCAUUGGUGCCUUCUCAGAGAUGCUUCCCCAUCUAAAAUGAUGCAGUGCUAUGACAAUACAAACUGUACCAUUUUGAUGGCUGGUGCAUGAUACUGUGAGAA